UGCUAGCCAAUCCGAUCGAUCCUUUGGUCGAUCGAUCUGUGAUCGAUUCUGUAUGGCUGAGCAGAGCGUCAGCUCGCUGUGCAUUGCAGCUGUGCAAAAGGUGCUUCAUGGAAGACGCUGCACUGAAACUGCUUUUGUUGAAGGUUUCCGUGUGUGUCAUGUGAUCUUCUGUGUCAUGUGGGCAUUGGCGAAACAUGUCAAGCAUCUUGGCUCUGGAAGGACAAACCUAAACAAGGAGUCCAAGCCAUAUUCCCAAACAUGCCGUUGGUGCUGGAGGUUCUUUGUGGGAGACACUUCUUUGUGCAGAACCCAAAUUGCUUCUGCAAGUUCACUUAUGGCGGUCAGGAAUACAGCACAGACGCAGACCAGGGGGCUACGAAUCCAAAGUGGCAGAAGAACAAGUUUCAGGUGGAGUAUACAGGCGGCACUCUUGAGAUUGACUUCGAAGUGAUGAACCGCUUGAGCCGACAGGAGAGCAUCAAGAUUGCCUCUGUGACCAUUCAAUGGCAUCACUUUCUACCUGGCUUGCGGAAGGUGGAGGAUUACAUCAUGGCGACGAGAGAGGAGGGCGUCAAGGAGACGGCCGCGAUCCGGGUGGCCGCCACGCUGAUCCCGGAGGGGAUCACCGGAGAACCGGCCAGGGAGAAGCCCAAUUGCAAAGGGCUCUUCAUCGGGUGUAGCUAUCCCAAGACCUCCAUGGCGUUGGGACACUGUGCCGAAGAUGCCUACAAGAUCAAGGAAUAUCUCUGCGAGAAGUGGGGAUUCAUCAAUGAUUCGGAGCAUGUGAGGGUUCUCAUGGAUCUGGGCGACACCUCUGAAAGCACCAUGCCAACGAAGAGCAACAUCCGAGACUCCAUCAGCUGGCUGGUGCAUGAGGCAGUGCCAGGAGACAGCCUUUUGUUCUUCUUCAGUGGCCAUGGAACACAAGUACCCAACUUCCAGGACGACGAGAAGGACGGCAAGGACGAGGCCAUCGUGCCAGUGGACGUGGAUGAGUCGGGGCCGCUGAUCGACGACGAGUUGCACGAGCUCUUGGUGAAGCCCUUAGCUGCCGGGGUGCGCUUGACCUGUUUGUUAGACUGCUGCCAUGCGGGCACUGGACUGGAUCUGGCUUAUCGAUGGAGCCCCUACAUGGAAAAGGGCACCAAGGAGGAAUGGGAGGGGAAAUGGCAAGUGGACAAGGGGGGCUUUUAUGCCGAUGCGGACGUGAUUUGUAUCUCUGGAUGUGAUGAUAAUCAAGUGUCCGUGGGCAAUGACGCCUUAGCGAUGGGCCCUGCCAGUCCCAUGCAAGCGGGAUUUCCCGUGGGAAUGUUUCUGGCCUCCUUCUGUGUCGCGUUAGAAGUGCAUGAGACGCAGUGCAAAAUGAAUUGGAUGGAAAUGAUGGACAUCGUGAUGCAGGUCUUGAAGGACUUCCACUUCAAGCAAGAGCCGCAACUCUCCAGUAGCCAACGCUUCGAUCUCCAUCGUGAGUUCAGCUUCCACGACAGCAUCCCCAACAGCAACGAACGCACGGGUGCCGUGGGUCGUGAGGCGGCCGAGGCGGAGGGUGGGUCGCUCUACCGGGCGCGGAAUUUGUUGGCCACGGAGGACUUCGCGGCCACGAAUGCCUGUCAAAUGAUGCAGGCCUUGGGUGUCGUCCGACCGGAGGACCUCGAAGACUUGAAGAAGCAUGGCCAAUGGCCGCCCCCCCAGGUGUCGUUGGAGGAGUUACAAGAGAUCAAGCUCACGAAGAGGAUGGCACGUUGGGCCGAACCGGGCAUGAUGGUCGUGCCGAAGCGGCCGUGAACCGAGGGAACGAGAGGAACGGAACGAGAGGAACAGGACCAUGGCCACGAGACAUCCAAGGUCCACCGAAGCUUUUCACCCCCCACUCCAAAAGGAGUGCGGGAUGAGUUCGGCAUGCCGACCUGUGUAAGGAUUUGAAGACAAAUCAUUUGAACAACAACCAGAACCCAAAAGGGGCGAUCCUGUCGAUCCUGCUGUUUCAGC